AUGGAGUUCAUGGAAAAUGGCAACCUAGAUGAGUGGCUACAUCCAACUCCAAGAAUAAAUGAAACUCUUGAGGAACCAAGGAGUUUGAGUCUUCUUCAAAGAUUGAAUAUUGCCAUUGAUGUUUCUAAUGCAUUGGAUUAUCUUCAUCAUCAUUGCCAAACUCCAAUUGUUCAUUGCGACCUCAAGCCUAGUAAUAUUCUUCUUGAUGUUAAACUGAUUGGAUAUGUAGGUGAUUUUGGCCUAGCAAGAGUUCUUUCUGGUGCUAUCCAAGUUUCUUCUCAUAACCAAUCAAUCUCCAUUGGGAUAAGAGGAACAAUUGGUUAUACUCCUCCAGGGAAAACGUCAUUUAGUAUAGAGCCAUCUUCUGAAGUCCAAAGCUUAUUAUUUACAAUAUUGAAAUUAUCUUCCUUCACUACAGGUGCACAAGGAUGA